ACCUCGGGCUUCCCCGGAGGUCUCCCUUGACUCGACACAUCUUCUAACCGCAAGAGAGCAGUCUUCGCUUUGAUGAGCGCUUCUUCUCCACCUCCCCAGAAAUGAAAGAGCAGGCGUAUGUUUGCAAACACCCUGAAAGCUCUAUCAGACCUGAACGCGGAAACCACAAAGGGCAGUCAAGUUUGGAUUUUCAAGGAGAAAGCCGGAGUAAACUUUCUCUCUGCAGGCCAGCCGAUCUGCAAGUGCCCGGGAGGGUCCCUGCUCAAUUCCUGGCUCCCCAAGAGCCACACUUGCUAACCCAAGAGUGAAUUACAGCAAUUGGGCAGCUUUGAAAGAUUCAUCUGUUUGGGGUGCGAUCGUCUAUUCAGACUGGGGACCCUUUGUUAACUUUUGAACUAAGAUCGGAGAGAACACAUGGGUACAAGCGUGGAUGAGGCGCUAUCUUUGCCUUUUCUGCUCUGAAGUUUUAACGAGACCCGAGGGGAGCAACGAGCUUCGGAAAGCAUGCGAAGUUCCCUCCAAGUGUGUUCAGGUACCUAGCUUCUGAACCGAGAAACUUCUCCAAAGACAGACCGGGAAGUCUGGAUGGACCAGCGUCUCGGCCACAAAAGCUUCAAGUCUCGUCUUCCUGCUCAGAGAGUCAUCUCUCGGGUGAUCUGCGCACUUGUCGGCGGAGGAUGGAGAGACGCAAACCGGCGGGACUGCUGGCUCUGCCGUCCCCGCUACGGACGCCGCCGCCGCUGCCGCUGCCGCUGCCGCUGGGCGCGCUGGCCCGGAGGGAGCCGGGCCGGACCUCCGCGCGCCAGGACGCCGAGGCCAGCGCGCGGGGACGGCCGUGCCCGCCCUUGUCGCUGGGGGGCGUCGGCGAGCCCGCCUUUCUGCGCCAGCGCAACGAGCGCGAGCGGCAGCGCGUGCGCUGCGUGAACGACGGCUACGCGCGCCUCCGCCAGCACCUGCCGCGCGAGCUGGCGGGCCGGCGGCUCAGCAAGGUGGAGACGCUGCGCGCCGCCAUCAGCUACAUCAGGCACCUGCAGGAGCUGCUGGAGCGCCACAGGCGGGACUGCAACAGCGACGGCGAGUCCAAAGCGUCCUCGGGGGCCUCGCCCUGCAGCGAGCCGGAGGAGCGCGCCUAG